GUGGUGGUUGGCCAGAGAUUGGAGGAGAAGCUUGCAGUGGAAAGGAAGAAAAAAGACAGAAAAAACAGAGGAAAAUUGUGGAGAAAUCGAAGGAUGGGGGGACGGGCGAACCGAAGGGAAGAAGGCUGCAUGCAGCCUUAUCCAGACCGAUACCGGUCCGAAAAAAACUGUCAGUGGGACCCAGCGUCCAAUCGAUUCAGAGAUAUUCCCUAAUGGAUAUAUACAGACCGAAGACGGUCCGUAUAUAUUUAGUUAAAUAAUAUUUUAUUCAUAUUUUUUGGUAUUUAGUAUUUAUUUUUUCCAGAAAUAAUAUUCGGACCAAAAACGGUCCGAAUAUUAUUGGCGCGUCUAUACUGUUGACUCCCGCCAGAAAUAUUUUUUG